UGCGGGCAUAGAGAUUAGAGAGUCAGAGACUAGUCUAGUGGCGUGCAGUGGGUGCGGUGCGGUAAGCGGAGACGAAGCCCCGUAGAGUUGGCUGAGAGAGAAAAAGAAAAGGAAAGAGAGAGAAAUGGCUUGGAGCGCGACGAUGAUCGGAGCGCUGCUCGGACUGGGCACCCAGAUGUACUCCAACGCUCUCCGUAAACUUCCUUACAUGCGCCAUCCAUGGGAACACGUGGUGGGUAUGGGACUCGGGGCCGUGUUCGUGAACCAGCUCGUUAAAUGGGACGCUCAGCUCCAGGAGGACCUCGACAAGAUGCUCGACAAAGCCAAGGCCGCCAACGAGCGCCGCUACUUCGAUUCUUUGCAUACAGACUAGUGUCUACCAGUCUUUGCUUCAUUGUGCUAAUAGAAGGUUAAUGAAGACCUGUGUUUGAAAGUUACAAUUCACUCUUGUUCUGCUCCCAAGUGUUUUGAAGUAAUCUUCAAAUUCAUCUACUUCUUUUAGUAACUCCAGAAUCUCUUCUGGUGUUAGUGGUGACGGUACUUCUGAGUUUCUUAAAAGUUAUACAUAUUUUAUGUCGAUCAAUAGAGUGUGAUGUGUUUUUAUUUUUUUAUUUUUAUUAAGACUAAAAGAUACAAUUGAUGUUUAUACCUGCUUCAGUGGUCCUUGGACCAACUGGGGUGACCUGCUCCUUGAGUAAGAGGUGGUGGGUGAGGUUAUGAUAUUCAUGGCCUAACUCUAUACUCUUUUAAAAAAUGCAUAUUACUUUUGGGCCUUGGCACUCUUCUGGUACCGCGCAACAUUCUUAUGUAUUCAAUUUUCCAUAUUAUACUCCAUAAUUAUUAUGCAUUUUACCCUUGACACUCUUCCGUGGCCUUAAAACAAUUUGUAGUUUUGAUUUUCAUUCUAGACUUGUAAAUCAAUAUGAUGCCAAAAGGUCUUGCUUGUAUUGUGCUAACCCAUGACCUCAAACCUACAUCGGGUAAGUUUUGCUUAUAAACAUUCAGAGGCCCUAGAAGUUUACUUGCUUUUGGGUAUUCCAAUAGAACAUGGCAAGUCUGAGAGACAUCACGGCAGAGUGUAAACUCAUAACUACUUUUACGUCCUAUCAAUUUAAUGCUUUCAUCUCUUGAUUGCCUAAAAUAGGCCGUCUUCUGGAAUCUUGAAAUACCUCCGGAAAUUUCUAUCCACCCUAUAAAACCUAACUGUUUCAAUCACUUGGAAGUUCAAUUAUUGUCGGUUUCAUAGGGUACACCUACUAUAGUGUAGAUUCUGGACGUUUUAUGGUCCAACAAUUUGAUUUAUAAAAUGGUUUUGGUUCAGAAAACAAAGAUGACAGUGCGUGUUUGUAAAUCUGUAGCACCCCCUCCCCCUCUCUGUCUUUUGUAACUUCUUUAUUUAUCUUGGGAUUU